GAGUAUUCGCUACCAGUUCUGCUCUUGUGUGUCCUCCAAAGGUUCUUAAACCUAGUUAGGCCUUCGUCUUUGACUUUGCCUUUAGAAAACGAAAAAUGGCUCCACCUCCAACAGAAGAUCCCGAUCCAAGUGAGUAUCUGUUCGUCUCCCUCGAACAGAAACGUAAAGACCAGACUAUGCCAUAUGAUGGCAAGAAGAUGGUCUGGGUCCCGGAUGAGAAGGAGGGAUUCAUUAUCGGAAAUAUAGUGAGCACGAAGGGCGAUCAAGUGACAGUGGACUGUCCCGGUGGUGAUCGCGUGUUGAAGAAAGAUCUACUGCAACAGGUCAAUCCACCAAAGUUCGAAAAGACCGACGACAUGUCCAACUUGACCUAUCUGAACGACGCCAGUGUUUUACAUAACCUCAAACAACGAUAUUACUCUAAGAUGAUUUAUACCUACUCUGGCUUGUUCUGUGUUGUGAUCAAUCCCUACAAGCGUUUCCCUAUCUACACCAACCGAGUGGUCCAGAUGUACAAGGGUAAGAGGAGGACUGAGAUGCCCCCUCACUUGUUUGCUGUUUCUGAUGGAGCUUACAAUGACAUGUUGCAGAACCGCGAGGAUCAGUCCAUGCUGAUUACUGGUGAGUCCGGUGCCGGUAAGACAGAAAACACCAAGAAAGUUAUUGCGUACUUUGCAAACGUCGGUGCCAGCUCCAAAAAGGAGGAUAAGGAGAGACUGUCUAAGAAGGGUAAUUUAGAAGACCAAGUCGUCCAAACCAAUCCUGUUCUGGAGGCUUUUGGUAACGCCAAAACUGUGCGUAACGAUAACUCUUCACGAUUCGGUAAAUUCAUUCGAAUCCAUUUUGGCGGGAUGGGUAAACUGGCAGGUGCAGAUAUUGAAACAUAUCUUCUGGAAAAAGCUCGUGUGAUUUCACAGCAACCUGCCGAGCGGUCCUACCACAUCUUCUAUCAGCUCAUGUCUGAGGGUCUCCCUGGGACUAGAGAAAAGCUCGUACUGUCCGACGACAUCUAUGAUUAUCAUUUCGUGUCUCAAGGAAAGACAGACAUCCCCGGUGUUGAUGACGGUGAAGAAAUGCGUCUGACAGACCACGCUUUUGAUGUGUUGGGCUUCACUGAUGAAGACAAAUCCAACAUCUUCAAAAUAGUCGCUGCUGUCAUGCACUUGGGUGAAAUGAAAUUCAAACAGAGACCCCGAGAAGAACAGGCUGAGGCUGACGGGACAGCGGAAGGUGAGCGAGUGGGACACCUGCUGGGUGUGAACCCUGCUGACCUUUACAAGAACUUUCUGAAACCUAAGAUCAAAGUCGGCAACGAACUCGUUACUCAAGGCAGAAAUAAGGACCAGUGUACAUAUUCUGUCGGCGCUAUAGCCAAGGGUAUGUACGACAAGCUGUUCAAGUGGUUGGUAAAGAAGGUCAACGAAACACUGGACACUAAACAGAAGAGACAACAUUUCAUUGGUGUACUGGACAUUGCUGGAUUUGAAAUCUUUGAUUUCAAUGGCUUUGAACAACUGUGUAUAAACUUUACAAAUGAAAAACUACAGCAGUUUUUUAACCAUCACAUGUUCGUGUUGGAACAAGAAGAGUACAAGAGAGAAGGAAUUGAUUGGGAAUUUAUUGAUUUUGGUCUGGAUUUACAAGCUUGUAUUGAACUUAUCGAGAAGCCCAUGGGUGUCCUGUCCAUCCUUGAAGAAGAAUCUAUGUUCCCCAAGGCAACCGAUAAGACCUUCGAGGAGAAGCUGAAGAACAACCACCUGGGUAAAUCUCCCAACUUUGUUAAGCCUAAACCUCCUAAGCCUGGUCAACAAGAAGCUCACUUCGCAAUUGUCCACUACGCUGGCACAGUACCAUACAACCUAACCCAUUGGCUUGAGAAGAACAAGGACCCUCUCAAUGACACUGUUGUCGACCAGUUCAAGCACGGCCAGAACCAGCUCGUGGUUGAUGUUUUUGAGGAUCAUCCUGGACUUGGUGGUGGUGACCAAGGUGGCGGCGGCAAAGGUCGUAAGAAAGGUUCUGGUUUCCAGACCGUGUCCGGCCUGUACAGGGUGAGUAGUAGUAAUAUGGCCAUUAAGCCU